GGGAAAUUGGGGGCGAAAGCCUGAGACUAGCCACAGAGUUUGGCUUGUUAUAGAGCUCUCCACCUGAGACCGUGCAAAUCUGAGCACGGAGUGUUUUAGGUCACUGCUGACUGGAUGUCUCAGCCUGGCGAUAGCCAGGUUAUUUAGGACACCUCUCCACGGUUGAUUACCCGGACGUCGAACCCAGACUAUGAACUCCCGACCAUUCUUUCUCCUCUUCGCGGACUUGGCGGUUGUACUCGGCUUCUGUAGAUAACCCUCCCAUCUCCCGGCGUGUCCAGGACCUCGGUGUAAAUGAAGGUCUUUCUGAUGACUGAGCUGUUUCUCAGGACCUUUCAGCUCCUCAAACAUUACUGAUCUAUGAAAUGGCAGAGAAUGGAAAAAAUUGUGACCAGAGACGUGUAGCAAUGAACAAGGAACAACAUAAUGGAAAUUUCACAGACCCUUCUUCAAUGAAUGAAAAGAAGAGGAGGGAUCGGGAAGAAAGACAGAAUAUUGUCCUGUGGAGACACCCUCUCAUUACCUUGCAGUAUUUUUCUCUGGAAACCCUUGUAAUCUUGAAGGAAUGGACCUCAAAAUUAUGGCAUCGUCAAAGCAUUGUGGUGUCUUUUUUGCUGCUGCUUGCUGUGCUUAUAGCUACGUAUUAUGUUGAAGGAGCACAUCAACAGUAUGUGCAACGUAUAGAGAAACAAUUUCUUUUGUAUGCCUACUGGAUAGGCUUGGGAAUUUUAUCCUCUGUUGGGCUGGGAACAGGGCUGCACACCUUUCUGCUUUAUCUGGUAAGAAUAAAUUUAAUGAGCAAAAAUGAAAGAUUUUCUUUUUAUUGGUGCUUUUUCUUCAGAAGUUAAAAUUCUAAGAUUUGAAUUUAAAUAACCUU